CCGCCGCCGCCGCCAUGUCCUCCUCCCCUCAGGACUCGCUUCACCAGCACAACAACAACAACAACCCGCCGCCUGACGGGACGCCCUCCGAGCCAGGCCUCAAUAGCUCCUGGGUAGAGUUGCAGAUGAAUGGCAAUGGCAAUGAUAAUGGAAAUGCGAAAAAUGGUGGUCUGGAACACGUUCCUUCUUCAUCUUCCAUCCACAAUGGAGACAUGGAGAAGAUACUUCUAGAUGCUCAGCAUGAGUCUGGACAGAGCAGUUCAAGAGGUAGUUCUCACUGUGACAGCCCUUCUCCUCAAGAAGAUGGACAGAUAAUGUUUGAUGUGGAGAUGCACACUAGUAAAGACAAUAGUUCUCAGUCUGAAGAGGAAACAUUAGAAGGGGAGAAGGAGGUGGACAUUUUGAAGAAAAGUGUUGAUUGGGUAUCGGACUGGUCAAGUAGACCUGAAAAUAUUCCUCCCAAGGAAUUUCACUUCAGACAUCCUAAACGAGCUGUUUCUUUAAGCAUGAGGAAGAGUGGAGCCAUGAAGAAAGGUGGCAUUUUCUCAGCUGAGUUUCUUAAGGUUUUCAUUCCAUCUCUCUUCAUAUCUCAUGUUUUGGCUUUGGGACUAGGUAUCUACAUUGGAAAACGACUGACCACACCUUCAGCUAGCACUUAUUGAAAGAAGUGGUGCACAAACCCUGGAAAUCCUUGUAAUCUGUGAAGGUGUUAUUGUCACAUUUGUACAUCUUGAACUUGAGACAACUUUAAGCAUGACCCCUUCCCAGCCUCCACCUUGUUUUUACAUAUCCACGUUCCAGUAACUCUUGAAAUUCAGUAUUGUAUUGGAACUCUGUGGAGGCGUCUCAAUAGUCUCUUCCCUUUCCCUAGCCUUUCUCCACAUCCUGCAAGACACAUCAGAGUUGCCUAACAGAGUUUACAAUUGCCUAUACGUCGCAAGGGCUUCUUACAGUGCAAAAUGCCACCAGCAAAUUAUAAUUUUAUCAGUGAUGGUGUUGCCUCCUCUGUACUACAGCAAGAAAUAAUCUGCACAGUACAUGCAUGAUUAAAUUGUUGGGUAUAAGAAUCUCCAGUCUGUAAAAGACUCAUAAUUAACUGAAGUUGGUUGUAAAAACAAACAAAACCAUUGGCAGUUUUGUUCUAAAGUGUAGCUUAUUUUACAAUUCUCUUGACUGAUGUUUUUAGCUUUUGGGAGGCAAAAGCUCACAAAAAUCAAAGCAGGAUAAAAAUCGAUUGAUCAGCAACUUUUAAUACUGAGUAAUACUUGUAUUUUCUAUGAAGUAGUGAAUUAAUUUCUGGUGGGGGAAAACCUGCCCAGCAUCUAGAAAUUGUUUUUAGAAAGAACUGCAUUAUUUGCAUGUGAAGAAGCUUUUAGUAUUCCUUAGCAUUUUACUUAACAAAAGGUUUCCUUUUAAAAGUAGUUUAACUUGAAGUAUUUUGAAGUAUUUUAGACUCCAUGUAAAAGGAGAUUUUACUUGUUUUGGAACCACUUGCAAAUUUACAAAUAGAUGAUUGUUUCAGUAGCUACUUGAGGCAUACUUCCUGGAAAUAGUCUUGCAGUUGUGUCAAACACAAUUUAUGAAGCUCUGAGCUGUCUUCUGUGGUUGAGUUUCAUUACUCCCAUUUUCCAUGGUUUAUUGUUGAAUGUCCCUUGGCAAUACCUGAAAUCCUAAGGUCCUUAGUGAUAUCUUGUAUAGCUAGAUGGGAAUCUCGCUCAUGGGAACACUCAGCCUUUUCCUCCUUCAGAUACACUUUUUUUCCAAAAUGUGAAGCUUAGUUCCAAAAUGGUUUCGACACAUGUGGGCAAACAAACGCCCCUAAGUAGAUUUGUAUUGGAUUUUGGAACAUGUAGCAUGAUUCUGAAGGAUAGAAUGCUUUGUUUUAUAUCUAUAUAAUAUGAUAUGAAUGAUGAACUUUAAUACUGCAUAUUUAGGGAACCAUUACUAAUUUUAAAACUAGUGAAAUUCCAUUGAAAUAGAAUGUAUUACUGGUAGAUUGACAGCAAAAACACCCAAAAUAUAAGUUGGUAAACCUAUGGAAACAGGUACUCUGUUGACAGUGUAAGCAUGGUGGCCAAUGCCAGUGAAAAUAGGUGAGCGUCAUGAAGCAGAGUGAAUAAGCAUGCAAUCCAUUUCUAAAGUAUAUUUGUUUCGGUCUUGGUUUCUGUAACACAACCUGCUUAUUUUAUUUUUUAUUUUUUACUAUUCUGUGGUAACAUCUGGGUUUCCCUUUGCCCCCUUAGGCUUUGAAUGAUAGCACUUGCAACUGUGUAUUUAUUUCCUGUGUGGAUAUGGGGAUAUUUUUGAAGUGAUGAAACAUAAUAAGGAGUUUAAAACAGUAACAUCAAACUGACAAACCUAGCUAAGGUUAAAAGUCUGGCAGUACUUUCAACAUUGAUUAUUGUACCCUGUUUUGUAACACAAUUGGAACAUGGCAUAAUGUAUAUUAAAUUGGGACCAUGCUUGUUUUAAAACAAAAUAAAGCUUUGCUCCUUUCCAGAUUACAUGAUAAUUAAUCUGCAGAAUGCUGUGUGAUAAAUUUGCAUAUCUAUAUUUUGGGACUUCUGUACUAUGAGAUUGAAAUUGCUGGUGGAGAAAUACCAUUGGCGUUUUCAUAUCUGAUCACUGUUGGGCUUGUUGUCAUGUAAUGAUACAAAGCAGUAUUUAUUGAUAUGCAACUACAAGUUUGAAAGACCAUGACUUUUUGUUGUUCUAUGGAGUGGACCAGAUUAUUAUAAUUUGAAAAAGGGUAUCAACUAUAAAGCUUUGUUAAUUUAAAUAUUGUUAAAUAGCUUUAUACCUGUUUACAGUUGGGGGGAACUGCAGGCCUUGUUAUUCAAAUGAUAAGUGAGAAACUGGGCUUGAAAUAUUUGUACAUAGGAUCAAGCAGAAAUGCAUAAACUCGCACAUUAAAGAAAAUGCAGUGGGCUGAACUGCAACACUAAUAAAACAAUACACCUAUUUACUGUUUCUUUUUUAAAGUGAAAACAUAAACUUUUGAAAUAACUUUUAAAAAAGAAAGACACAUCAUUGAAAUAAUUGGAGUUAACUGAGCCAAAAUAAUGCAUUCUUCAUAUUUAGUUAGCACUUUGUAACAUUAUUAUACAGUUGACAGUACAUGUAUAAGUUGUAGCUAUAAGCAUUUUGUGCCAUUAAAGCUGUCACAAAACUGA